AAGAAAUAACCAAACGGGCCUCUUCUUUGAAGUAAAACCCUAAACCCUAGUAAAUAAGCCUCGAUCUCCCAUCAUCGUCAUCGUCGUCUUCAAUACAUCCAAAUCUUCCAAUUUCAGCUUCUGCAGAUUGCUCGAAAAUGGCUUCCAGAUGCAGCAGAAUCAUCAAUCGAGCUUCUCUUUCGUCUGUCAGAUCUGCGAUUAAGCCCAAAUUCCAAUCGGCCAAGACGUCGUCGUUCCACGCCUCCUCCCUCCCGUCCAGAUCCGCUUCCUCCCCGCUUCGACCAUUCUCCUUCUCUAGGUGCCCGUCGGAGUUGGGAUGCGCCGCAUCGAUGCUGCCGCUGCACAGCGCCGUUGCUACGGCGAGGAUGACGUCAUGCCUCAGCUCAACGUCUCGGGAUUCUAGGGCUCUUUCACAGGGUACUCUCUGCUGCACUUCUCCAGGCCUCUAGCAUGUCUUUUAUUACUCCCAAAUUACAAAAGAAAAGUUUGGUCUUUCGGUGCCAAGGUGACGACUUCUUGUGAAAGAAAAUGGAGCUUGUCAUCACUGCAGCAAUAUUCUGCAACAAUAACUUGUUGAACACCUAAAGAAUGAUCCCCCCCUCCCCCCUCCUCUAUGUAGCCAGGGUAGUGAGUGUUGUUUGGAUAUUGCAUUAUACACAUUGAUUUUUAUAUUCAAGAUUGUGCCUGACCAUACUCUCUGUUCU